GAACAAUUAUUACGCGCCCGACCAAUAUAAUUAAUUUUUUUAUCAGUGAUAGGGUGAUAGACGAUUGAGAUAUGAACGUGAUAAGAAUUCUCUUUUUCUUCUGUAGAUUGUAAUUGUAAUCCACACUCCACCUGUCCUAAAUACUGGUUAAAUGGUAAUUCGGUUACCUAUUUCAAAUUCAAAAUCCUGAGACAAAUAAUUCUUCAUUGUUACUUAUUAAUGUUUAAUAUAGUUUAACGUGACAUUUUAAAAGAAAAAUGUCAAAAAAAAUACCAUCUCCUGUUUACACAUUGAAAUGUGAAAAAUACACUCCAUACUGCUUGAAAUUCUAUUUAGAUGGCGAAAUUCUCUAUGUCGGUACUCUGAGCGGAGAAAUACUCGUCUGGAAUAUGGAGUCUAACCGUUUAAAAAAAGAAAUUAAAGCUGGUACAGUGUGUAUAAUGACUCUUGAGCUGUUGACUAAACAAAAUCAAUUAGUGUCGCAAAACAAAGUCGGCGAAAUAAAAUGUUGGCUGAUAGAUGGCAUAGAACUCAAGCUCCAUCACACACUAUCAACCCAAAUAAUUGGCUUUUGUAAAUUGGCUUUGUACAAAACAAACAUGUUAUUGUGCAAAGGAGAAAAUUCUACGAUGUAUUGUUACUCCACUGACACUUAUGAUAAAAUUACUGAUUUUAAUCCACACCAAGACGACAGUUUGGGAGAUUUGAUGGUUGUUAAAGCAAUUGGUGAUUAUGUGUUUUGUGGCUAUGAAGCUAAUAUAGUUGUUGUAUGGCGAGAAGAUUAUAUUGUUAAUCAAUGUAGCUUUCCUGAACUUGAAUGUUUAAUGGCUCUGGAUGUGGAUCAUAAUCUAACCAAAGGUAUUUGUGCUGGUAGUUCAAAUGUUAUAAACACAUUUUAUAUUACAGAUGGUAAUCUAAGUUUGGAUAGAAACAUUAAGAUUACAAAUCCUGGUGUUAAUGCUUUGCAGUUAAGACCUGACGAUAAAAUAGUCGCUGCUGCUUGCUGGGAUUUAACUGUAAAACUAUUUUCUUGGAAGACCAUGAAACUCUUAGCUGUUUUGGAUUCUCAUUCAACUGGUGUCAUGAAUAUUGUAUAUUCCGAAUUGUCUGUAGCAUUUUGGAAAGCCAGGUACAUGCUGGCUGUUGCAAAUAAAGAUAACAAAAUCACUCUUUGGGAUGUCUACAAUGGAAAGGAUAAAGAUUAAUGCAUAUUAUAUUAAUACUUUCAUGUGAAUUUGAAGAUUAUCAAAACAAACUAUAUUCUCAAUAGUUAAUGGAAUGUUUUUGAAAAUUUUGUAUGAAGCAAUAAGAUUAUAAACUAUUACUUAGCAAGGUGUGCUAAAGUAUUUUAAAAUUAUGAAAUAAUGAAGAACAUAUUUUUAAAAUUGGUUUUUUUUUAAAAAAAACUAGAGGAUGAUAUUUUAUUAUUCACAUUAUAUUAAUUGGGAGAAUAUCAAAAGAAAUUAUUUUCAAAAAUGUAUUUCAUUAUUUAGAUUGAGCUAAAAUGAGUUAAUGAAUUUAUUAAUAUAAGUUGGUUUCUUUAACUCAAGUCUUUCAUGCCAUAAUAAUAAUAAAAAAAGUAUUUUUAAUUUUAAAAAGUUUUACUUAAUAUUAUGUUUCUAUUUUAAAUGGAUAAAUCAAACUUAAUAUUGAUGUAUACACUUAUAAAUAAAAAUACCACAAUAACCAUAAUAUUAUAUACUUACGAUUUUUACAAAAAUUUUUAUAAUGCAUAGAGCUCUCACUUCAUCGUACAGCCGUAUUGUAUCUCUGUAUUUAAAAGGUACUAUAUUGAAACCAUAUUCUUUAAUUUUAUUAUAAUUGUUUUAUAAAUGUAUAAUGAGUGACUAAUAAAAAUUAGAUAUUUAUUAAAUUUCCGGAACAAUACAUUUUUUUUUAAUAGCAAACCUUUUUUUUCUGGAAUUGGUGAAUUCAAUGAAUACAUCUAUUGUAUUAUUUCCCACUCAAAAAAUCCAAACCUAUGUAUAUGUAAAUAUGUAUAAAGACUAAAGAGUAAAACCGUGUAUAAUUAAAUGCAAAAAAUAUAUCAAUAUUUUAUAAUAAACGAUAAUUAGGUAAUUGUUGUUUUAUCAUUUUUUUAACUAAAAAAAACUGUAACUAGCACUGGUAGGUAUGUAAAUAAGUGUUGAGUGUAUUUCAUACUUAGGUCACUUUAAUCAAUGUACUAAAUUCUAAUCUUAAAUAUUGUAUAC